AUGCCUCCAAAAACAGCGACAAGGGCUUCGACACGCACGAAAGCCACUGGAAUACCAACAACGACCAGAACGACUAGAGCUGCAGCGAAGGCAGGCUCUAGUACUCCUGAACCUCCAGCUGCGACCGCUGUGCCUAAGAAGGCUACAUCACGGAAGCCCCUUGUGAAUAAGAACGACGAAGAUGUCGCUAAACCCCCGGCACGCGCGAAACCCACCUCGAAGACGAAGACCGUCAGCAAAAUCACUCAGGAGGAUAAACACGAGCGAGAACCUAUUACGGCAUUCCUUCGCAUUCGGCCCAAUCUGAACAACGAUGAUUCAGCCUCCCAGCCUUAUCUCACCCAUCUAAAUGAUACGUCUGUAAGGAUGUCAGAUCCAAACGCAACUGGACAAGCCGGCAGUCGUUUUCGUAUAUCGACCGUUCCCCCGUCCUCGGUUUACACGUUCUCUCACAUAUUUCCCCCUGACGUAACUCAGUCUGAUUUCUUCAACAAGACGACACUCCCAAUGGUGCAUGAUGUAUUAAGUGGCCAGAACGGACUCUUGUUUACAUACGGUGUUACCAACUCUGGGAAGACCUUCACGAUACAAGGAGGUAAUACCGAAGGGAGUGCUGGUAUUCUCCCGCGAACUCUCGACGUGAUGUUCAACAGUAUCGAUGGCUUGCAUGCCGACGGGAAGUUUCGACCUGUUCGUCUGCAUGGCAUCGAGUCUGCGGACGCCAGCGAUUCUAAACCACCGAAGACAGCACCAGCUCCGGCAGUUACUCAAGUACUAGGGCAAAACUUCGAUGAUGGGCUUUCUUCCGUUGACGCCGACAGAGACCCCACAGUCCUCAAGCUCGACCGAAAUUACGAAUAUUCUAUUUGGCUUUCGUAUGCAGAAGUAUACAACGAGAAGAUCUAUGAUCUUCUUGAUGCUGUAUCAAACGAAACCACCCCAGCUUCUAACAUUCCCCGUUCAAACAGCAACUCAUCCCUCCUGCUGACGCGCACAGCACUCAAUCUUCGACCAUCUCCGUCAGAUGACACAGGUUCCGAUACACCUGGCAAAUACAUUUCGGGACUGAAGCAAUUUCGCGUACAUAAUGCCACGGAGGCGAAGGCAUUAGUCAAGAUGGGCCAAUUGCACCGACGCGUCUUUGGCACCUUAGCCAAUCGCGAAAGUAGUCGAAGCCAUGGUAUCGUCAUUCUGAAAGUAGUCAGAGGCCACAGAGGCGAGAGAGACGACCCUACGGCCCUUCAGAUAUCCCGGCUUACCCUUGUGGACCUUGCUGGUUCAGAGCGUACGAAGCACACCCACACAACGGGCGAUCGACUCAAGGAAGCGGGAAAUAUCAACAAAUCCCUUAUGGUUCUCGGCCAAUGCAUGGAGGUCAUGCGGUCGAACCAGCGGCGUUUGGCCGCAAGUCUAGCUCACGAAGGCUUCGGCAGCGACGCGCGGAUGGACACCAGAGAUGUGAAGAAGGGACUGGCCUUGGUACCAUUUAGACACAGCAAGCUGACAGAGCUGUUAAUGGAUUACUUCGUUGGAGAUGGACGGGUAGUCAUGAUAGUCAAUGUCAACCCGUACGACACGGGCUACGACGAGAACUCCCAUGUUAUGAAGUUUUCAGCUUUGGCCAGGGAAGUCUAUGUGACGCCAGGGCCCGCACCAAUGCCGCGCGUCCCUCCCACUCCGUCGAAACUCCUUCCGAGGAAAUCACAAACGACUAGGAAGGUUACCAUCGAGACGAACGCGCCAGGAAGGAAGUCUAGUACUGCCGUACUCACGGUUUUGGAGGGUGAGUCCUAUCAACAUAACAUCAAGAUGAGGUACUCAUCAAAGGUGACAUUUUCAGAGGAAGAGCCAGAUGAAGGCCAAGGUAACGACAGUGCCGAGUUCGCGAACCCUCUGGUCGACGCGUUGUUCGAUGAGAUAGAGGUUCUCCAUGCGCAGCUAUUCGAAUGCGAGCUGAAAUGUGCGGUCAUCGAGGCCGAGACGAGGGAAGAAGUCAUGAAGGAGAUGGAAGAGCGCAUGCGCACUAUGGAGAAGAUGUACGCACGGAGGAUCAUGAACGAGGUUGAACGGAAUGAAACCAAGACGGACGCUAAGAUUGAAUUCCUACAUCAGUCCGGACUCUUCAUAUCUCCCCUUCCAACCGAAGCUUUGCCUGAAAUGAUCACUGUGCAGAGCAACAUUAUCGAGGAAGUAGAUGUGGAGAUAGACCUUGUUGGCUCGGGCGAGGAGAUAGUUGAGGAGAGCGAAGAUUCAGACGUUGCCGAUUCUAGAUCCCCCUCGCCUUCAGUCCGGCCACAGCACAAGUCUGCGAACAACGCGCAAAGCAAGCCAGCGGCGAAGGUGAGGUAUAGCAUGGGUCGCAAAGAAGUCGUGCAAACACCUCCUGAAGGGCCAGCGGCGGUGAGAUUACCUUCGGACGAGGAGGAUGGUAACACGACGGGUACAGAAGGGAAUACGGAGGACGGAGACGAGGGCGGGGAGGGCGAAAACGAUGACGAGGAGGAUGAGGAAGAAGGGGGUAGCGACGAAGAGGAUGAUGACGAUAGCGACGAUUGGCAGCCGGAGGAGGCCCAAAAAGCAAAGCCCAAGAAUAUCCGUUCGUCUCCACAGACGAAGCCUUCAGCAUCAAAGGGGAAAUCCGCCCAGGUCUCGGCCCUUCGAGAGAGCAUUGACUCGCUUUCCAUCGAGGAUCCAGAUGAACUAGUUGCUGCCCCAGCCGCCAAGAAAUACAGACCACGCAUCGAGAGCCUGGAUGAAGGUCUUUCUGAUGAAGAGGAGGACAUUCCGAAGAAGAAGGGUAAACGAAAACUGGGAAAGAAGCCAGUACUGACAGAAGAGCAAAUAGAAAGGGCUGCUGUGAAGGUCGACAGGCUUCAACCCAAUGGUAACAUUCGCAGGCUGACCGGGCGACUCGGAUGA